AUGCCACAGGGUUCGGGGCUGGCCGACCUGGCCCGCCUGCGCCUGGCGGGGGGCGCGCACAGGUGCGCCGGGCGGCUGCAGGUGCUGCACGCGGGCCGCUGGGGCGGGGUCUGCGGCCUCACCUGGGCGCUGCCGGCGGCGGGCGUGGCCUGCCGCGCCCUGGGCUGCGGCCCCGCCCUGCGCGCCGGCCAGGUGAGCGCGCCGCCGGGCGAGCCCGCCUGGGUGGAGGCGCUCAGGUGCGCGGGCGGCGAGGGCAGCCUGCUGGAGUGCCAGGUGAGGCUGUGGGGCGCCCCGCCCUGCCCCCACGCCACCGUCACCUGCGCGCCGCCAGGUGAGGCCCCAGCGUCCCCCAGCGAGGCCCUGACGCUCUCAGGUGUGACCGCGGCACCUUCAGGUGCGCCCCUGCCUCACCCAGGUGUGACCCCGGCACCCCCCGCUGAGCCCCAGGUGUCUCCAGGUGAGCCCCAGGUGUCUCCAGGUGCCACCCUGACGCCCUCAGGUGCGACCCCGGGACCCUCAGGUGCGCCCCCAGGUGUGACCUCGGAACCCUCAGGUGAGCCCCGGGAGGGCCAGGUGCGCCUGGCCGGGGGCCCGCACAGGUGCGCGGGGCGCGUCGAGGUGUUCCACGCGGGCAGGUGGGGCACGGUGUGCGACGACGCCUGGGACCUGGCGGACGCGCGGGUCACCUGCCGCCAGGUGCGCUGCGGCCCCGCCCUGUGGGCGCCGGGCGCGGCGCAGUUCGGGGAGGGGGCGGGGCCCAUCUGGCUGGACGGGCUCAGGUGCGCCGGCAGCGAGGCUCACCUGGCCGAGUGCCCCGGGCACACCUGGGGGAAGCACGUCUGCAACCACGCCGAGGACGCCGGCGCCGUGUGCGCAGACUCGUGGCCGCCGGCCCCGCCCCAGGUGCGCCUGGCAGGUGCGCCGGGCAGGUGCGCGGGGCGGGUGGAGGUGCGCCGCGCUCACCUGUGGGGCACCGUCUGCGACGACACCUGGGGGCUGCGCGAGGCGCGCGUGCUCUGCGCGCACCUGGGCUGCGGCCCCGCCCUGGAGGCGCCGGGCGCGGCCAGGUACGGCCGGGGGGCGGGGCCCAUCUGGCUGGAUGACGUCACCUGCACGGGGGAGGAGCCCGACUUCUUCAGGUGCGCCCACCGCACCUGGGGCGAGCACAACUGCCACCACGGCGAGGACGCGGGCGUGGUCUGCGCAGGUAACUCGAGCUCAGGUGAGGUGCGGCUGGCGGCCGGGCCGCACCUGUGCGCAGGUCGGGUGGAGGUGCUGCACGAGGGGCGCUGGGGCACCGUCUGCGACCGCGGCUGGGACCUGAGCGACGCCCAGGUGGUGUGCCGCCAGGUGGGCUGCGGGCCGGCGCUGGCGGCGCCGGGCGGGGCGCGCUUCGGGCGGGGCUCGGGGCAGGUGUGGCUGAGCGAGCUCACCUGCGCGGGCAGCGAGCGGCACCUGGGGCACUGCCCCGGCCCCCCCUGGGGCAGCAACACCUGCGGGCACGGCCAGGACGCCGCAGUGGAGUGCGCAGGUGAGCGCCGGCAGGGCAGGCGGGCAGGACAGGUGAGGACAGACAGCCCCGCCCCCCUCGCCCUCACCUGUCCCGGGGGCCGCAGCGGGGCCGCUGCAGGUGCGCCUGGCCGGGGGCCCGCACAGGUGCGCGGGGGCGCGUCGAGGUGUUUCCACGCGGGCAGGUGGGGCACGGUGUGCGACGACGCCUGGGACCUGGGGGCCGCGCGGCGGGUCACCUGCCGCCAGGUGCGCUGCGGCCCCGCCCUGAGCGCACCUGGGCGCGCGCACUUCGGGGAGGGGGCGGGGCCCAUCUGGCUGGACCAGGUGCGCUGCUCGGGGGAGGAGCUCACCUUGGACAGGUGCGAGCGGCAGCCCUGGGGGGAGCACAACUGCGGGCACGACGAGGACGCGGCGGCCGUGUGCGCAGGUGCGGAUCCCCCCCAGGUGCGGCUGCGGGGCGGGGCGGGGCCGUGCGCGGGGCAGGUGCAGGUGCUGCUGAACCGCACCUGGCUGCAGGUGUGCGGCCUCACCUGGGGGCCGCGCGAGGCGCAGGUGCUGUGCCGGCAGCUGGGCUGCGGCCCCGCCCUCGGCGCACCUGCGGGGCCGCACCUGGCGGGGGCGGGGCCUCACCUGGCGGGGCUCACCUGCCGCGGCUCCGAGGCGCUGCUGCUCGAGUGCCUGCAGCCGGGGGCGGGGCCACGGCCCUGCGAGGGCGGGGCCGCCCAGGUGCGCUGCGCCACGCCCACAGGUGCGGCCCCCAGCUGCGCGUACCUGGUGGCGCUGCUGGUGCUGCUGACGGCGCUGGGCGGGGCCCUGCUCUGGCUCACCUUGCGGGCCAGGUGUGUCCCAGCUCACCUGGACGCCCCGAGGGCCCCCGGCGCCAUCUACCUGCCCAGGAGGGCCUCACCUGGCGAGGGCGAGGCGCUGCAGCUGAUGGACGACGCCCCCUGAGCUCACCUGGAGCUCACCUGGGGCCUGGAGCUCACCUGGAACUCACCUGGAGCUCACCUGGGGGGGCUCACCUGGGACC